UUGGCCAAGUCCCAGUCCUGCCAUCCUGAGGGACUCUGGGGUCAGGUGGAGCUGGCAGGGCAGUCUGCCACUGGCUCCCCAACUGCAGCCACUCUGAGGAGGGUCAGGCUACCAGAAAAUCUGCCCAGCUUUGCUGCCCGUUGGCCAUGGGUGACCUUCCAUCUUUGACCCCCGGAGGGUCCAUAGGACUCCAGGUAAACAGAGGCUCCCAGAGCUCCCUGGAGGGGGCUCCUGCCACUGCACCUGAGCCUCACAGUCUGGGCAUCCUCCAUGCCUCCUACAGCAUCAGCCACCGUGUGGGGCCCUGGUGGGACAUCACAUCUUGCCAGCGACAGUGGACCAGGCAGAUCCUCAAAGACGUCUCCUUGUACGUGGAGAGUGGGCAGAUCAUGUGCAUCCUAGGAAGCUCAGGCUCCGGGAAAACCACGCUGCUGGACGCCAUGUCCGGGAGGCUGCGGCGCACGGGGUCCUUCCUGGGGGAGGUGUAUGUGAACGGCCAGGAGCUGCACCGGGACCAGUUCCAGGACUGCUUCUCCUACGUCCUGCAGAGCGACACCCUGCUGAGCAGCCUCACCGUGCGCGAGACGCUGCGCUACACAGCGCUGCUGGCCAUCCGCUGCGGCAGCCCCAGCUUCUUCCAGAAGAAGGUGGAGGCUGUCAUGGCAGAGCUGAGUCUGAGCCAUGUGGCAGACCGACUGAUUGGCAACUACAAUUUGGGUGGCAUUUCCAUUGGUGAGAGGCGUCGGGUCUCCAUUGCAGCCCAGUUGCUCCAGGAUCCUAAGGUCAUGCUGUUUGAUGAGCCGACCACAGGCCUAGACUGCAUGACGGCUAAUCAGAUUGUCGUCCUCCUGGUGGAACUGGCUCGCAGGAACCGAAUUGUGGUCCUUACCAUUCACCAGCCCCGUUCUGAGCUUUUUCAGCUCUUUGACAAAAUUGCCAUCCUGAGCUUCGGAGAGCUGGUUUUCUGUGGCACACCAGUGGAAAUGCUUGAUUUCUUCAAUGACUGCGGUUACCCUUGUCCUGAACAUUCAAACCCUUUUGACUUCUAUACGGACCUGACGUCAGUGGAUACCCAAAGCAAGGAACGGGAAAUAGAAACCUAUAAGAGAGUCCAGAUGAUAGAAUCUGCCUACAAGAAAUCAGCAAUUUGUCAUAAAACUUUGGAGAAUAUCGAAAGAACGAAACACCUGAAAACAUUACCAAUGGUUCCUUUCAAAACCAAGGAUUCUCCUGGAGUUUUCUCUAAACUGGAUGUUCUCUUGAGGAGAGUGACAAGAAACUUGGUGAGAAAUAAGCUGGCCGUGAUGAUGCGUCUCCUUCAGAAUCUGAUCAUGGGUUUGUUCCUCCUUUUCUUCGUUCUACGGGUCCAGAACAAUGUGCUAAAGGGUGCUAUUCAGGACCGCGUGGGUAUCCUGUACCAGUUUGUGGGUGCCACCCCGUACACAGGCAUGCUCAACGCUGUGAAUCUGUUUCCUGUGCUGCGAGCUGUCAGCGACCAGGAGAGUCAAGAUGGCCUCUACCAGAAGUGGCAGAUGCUGCUGGCCUACGUGCUGCAUGUCCUCCCCUUCAGCGUUGUUGCCACCAUGAUUUUCAGCAGUGUGUGCUACUGGACGCUGGGCUUAUAUCCUGAGGUUGCCAGAUACGGAUAUUUCUCUGCUGCUCUCUUGGCCCCCCACUUAAUUGGUGAAUUUCUAACUCUUGUGCUACUUGGUAUCAUCCAAAACCCAAAUAUAGUCAACAGUGUAGUGGCUCUGCUGUCCAUUGCGGGGGUGCUUAUUGGAUCUGGAUUCCUCAGAUGGAGUCUCGCUGUUACCCAGGCUGGAGUGCAGUGGCGUGAUCUCGGCUCACUGCAACCUCCACCUCCCGGGUUCAAGUGAUUCUUCUGCGUCAGCCUCCCGAGUAGCUGGGAUUAUAGGCAUGCACCAUCACAUUCAGCUAAUUUUUGUAUUUUUAGUAGAGACGGGGUUUCACCAUAUUGGUUAGGCUGGUCUGAAACUCCUGACCUCAUGAUCUGCCCGCCUUGGCCUCCCAAAGUGCUGGGAUUAUAGGUGUGAGCCACUGUAUCCGGACUUGACUUAAAAAUUUUAAAAUCCAAUCAAAAAGCAAAAACAUUACUGAGUAGACAUAAACAUUUAUAUCUACUAUAUAAAAUUAUAUGUGUGUUUAAUUAUUUAACUCUCAGAGCAAUCCAUUUUCAGAUAAGAAAAUGAAGCUCAGACUUGACUUUGCUCAAGUCACACCACUAUGAAAGCUGUGACGCAUGUGACUUCCUGGAGAGAGGCUGACUUAUGAGUCAGAAACUUCCUCUACCACUUGUCACAGUUGCUUUUUUUUUUUUUUGAGACGGAGUUUGCUCUUGUUACCCAGGCUGGAGUGCAAUGGCGCCAUCUCAGCUCACCGCAACCUCUGCCUCCUGGGUUCAGGCAAUUCUCCUGCCUCAGCCUCCCGAGUAGCUGGGAUUACAGGCACGUGCCUCCGUGCCCAGCUAAUUUUUUGUAUUUUUAGUAGAGACGGGGUUUCACCAUGUUGACCAGGAUGGUCUCGAUCUCUUGACCUCGUGAUCCACCCGCCUUGGCCUCCCAAAGUGCUGGGAUUACAGGUUUGAGCCACCGUGCCCGGCCCCACAGUUGCUUUUCUAUCUAAAUUAGUUUCCUCAUUUAUAAAAAAGAGAUCACGAUUUCAGCCCCACCUACCUCAAGAGAUCACGAGAAGCAAAGGAAAUAAUCAAUAUGGAAACACAUUAUAAACUGUAGCGAGUUAUAUGAAGGUGAGAUUAUAAAGCAAAGUGAACUAAGCUUUGAUCAAUCAAGGAGGAUAUUUUUCAUACUAAGACCAUUAUAUUGUAUUUGUCCAUGUUGCUUAAGUGGAUUAUUAACAUUUAUGAGAAGUGCAGAAAUCAAAUCACACCAAGAGUACAGAAUCAGGCCAGCAAUGUACAGACCCAACCUCAGGCAGCAUCUCCUCUGUUGUUAUUAGAAUCACAGUUUCAGUUAAUCUGGUGCCGUUUCAUGCACAGAUGAUCCCCGACUUAUGAUUUUUUGAGAAAGUGAUACCUGUUCUGUAGAAACCGUAUUUUGUUUUUGUGUUUUUGAGACAGUCUCACUCUGUUGCCCAGGCUGAAGUGCAGUGGCUCAGUCUCAGCUCACUGCAACCUCUGCUUCCCAGGUUCAAGCAAAUCUUGUGCCUCAGUCUCCUGAAUAGCUGGGACUAUAGGUGUGUACCACCAUGCCCAGAUAAUUUUGUAUUUUUAGUAGAGACGGGGUUUUGCCAUGUUGGCCAGGCUAGUCUUGAACUUCUGACCUCAAGUGAUUCGCCCAUCUUGGUCUCCCAAAGUGCUGGGAUUACAGGCAUGAGCCACUGCACCCGGCCUAGAAAUCAUAUUUUGAGUAGCCAUACAAUCAUUCUGUAUGUUCAGAACAGGAUUAAUAAACUGCAUUAAAUAUUCACAAAUUUAUUGUAAAACAGGCUUUGUGUUAGAUGAUUUUUCGCAACUGUAGGUUAACGUUAAGUGUUCUGAGCAUAUUUAAGGUUAAGGCUAAGCUGUAAUGUUUGGUAGGCUAGGUGUCUUAAAUGCAUUUUUUAGUUAGUUUGUUUGUUAUUGAGACGGAAUUUCACACAGUCACCCAGGCUGGAGUGCAGUGGCACCAUCUCAGCUCACUGCAACCUCUGCCUCCCAAGUUCAAGUAAUUUUCCUGCCUCAGCCUUCUGAGUAGCGGGCAUCACAGGCACCCAGCAUCACGCCUGGCUAAUUUUUGUAUUUUUAGUAGAGAUGGGAUUUCACUAUAUUGGCCAGGUUGGUCUCAAACUCCUGACCUCAGGUGAUACCCUCGUCUCAGCCUCCCAAAGCUUUGGGAUUACAGGUGUAAGCCGUUGCGCCCGGCAUUAAAUGCAUUUUUAACUUAGAAUAUUUUCAAUUUAUCAUGGAUUUAUCUGGAAGUAACCCCAUCAAAAGAAGCAUUUGUAUUGGGUUUUUAGGAAAAGGAAGUUAAUUGCUCUUUAUUUAUUUAUUUUUUUUUGCUUCUUCUCACUCUGUCACCCAGGCUGGAGUGCAGUGGCACAAUCUCAGCUCACUGCAACCUCCGCCAUUCAGGUUCAAGUGAUUCUCCUGUCUCAGCCUCCUGAAUAGCUGGGAUUACAGUUGCGAACCACCAUGCCUGGCUAAUUUUUUAAUUUUUAAUAGAGAUGAGGUUUUGCCCUGUUGACCAGGCUGAUCACAACCUCCUGACUUCAAGUGAUUUCCCUGCCUUGGCCUCCCAAAUCCCUGCUGGGAUUACGGGCAUGAGCCACUGUGCCUGGCAGUUAAUUGCUCUUAAAACGUAGGCAGUGACCAAGAAUACCAAAUACUCUCAGAUUAGUUGCAAAAUCUUAACAUCCCAAGGCUGCACACAGAUUCCACUCCCAUCACUGAAUUAAAACUCCACUCUUAAAGGCCACAUCAACCUGCUAGUCAUUUCAUUUACCCAUUUUUCUCCCCAGUCAUCAUCUUCCUAGUGAACUGCCUGCGGCAUUUGUGCUGGUGGCUCCCUCCUCUUUCAAACACAAAGGAAACUAGCUUUGCCAUUCUUUCUGCUUACAAAAUCAUGCAAAUUCUCGGGGGAAGAAAUGCACACAAUAUAAAUCUAUAUGCGGAAGAAAGUAAAAGUUACCUGAAGUAUCAGAGCCGAGAGUCAAAUUUUGUUGUAGUCCUUGCUAUAAUUUUGUAUACCUUUUUUUUGAAAUGGAGUUUCGCUCAUUGCCCAGGCUGGAGUGCAAUGGUGCGAUCUCGGCUCACCGCAACCUCUGCCUCCCAGGUUCAAGUGAUUCUCCUGCCUCAGCCUCCUGAGUAGCUGGGAUUGCGGGCGCACACCGCCAUGCCCGGCUACUUUUGUAUUUUCAGUAGAGUUGGGGUUUCUCCAUGUUGGUCAGGCAGGUCUCAAACUCCUGACCUCAGGUGAUCCGCCUGCCUCGGCCUCCCAAAGUGCUGGGUUUACAGGUGUGAGCCACGGUACCUGGCAGAAUUUUAUACAAGUUUUAAUAAAGAUGAAAUCAUCCUGUUGUGUAACAUAUAUGCAUACUUUUUUCCCCCAUUUAACAACAUAAUAUGAAUUAGCUGGGUGUGGUGUCACGUGCCUGUAAUUUCAGUUACUCAGGAGGCUGAGGCAGGAGAAUCACCUGAACCCGGGAGGCAGAGAUGCAGUGAGCGAAAAUUACACCACUGCACUCUAGCCUAGGUGGCAGAAUGAGACUCUGUUUCAAAACCAACAACAACAACAACAACAAAAAAGGACAAACCAACAUAAUGUGGACAAUGUUGUAUCAAUACACCUAGAUCUCUGGUUCCUGCUGCUUCUCCUUUUGUCUGUGCUUUCCACUGAUCCAUUUCUCUGUCACCUGCACAGUCUGUCGUUGUUCCCAAAGUUACAGACGCACUGUCUCUGAAAGCCCCCUUUGUUUUCUCUCUCAGUCUAUCACACGCUACCUCCUGUCACAGUCUUCCUUUAUGGUAACAGAUUAGCCGCCUCUUGAAGGCAGCAGCUGUGUCUUAUUCAUCAUUUUAGACCUUCUCAGCGGCCACCCCGUGGGCUGUGGACCGAUUACACCUGCAAACAUUAUUUGUUGAAUUGAGUGAAUAAGUGAAUGAGUCCUCUGUCUUUGAACUGUAUACACACUGCAUCACUCACCAAAUUAUGUUGGUUUUCUUUUCUGAUAUCAAACUGUAGAUGCAUGUGGAACGUUCUGUGUUUGACUCUGUGUACAGGGAGAAACAAAGGUGCCACAGUUCCUACCUCAAAAAGAUACACUCUAGCCACCAGGCAGCCACCCUUGUGGCCAUCAUCCUACUCCAGGCCUUUGUCAUCUUAAACUUCUGUUGUAGUCUGCUCCUUUUUUAUUUUAUUUAUUGAUUUAUUUUUGCUGUUCUUACUCUGUCCUCAUUCUGGCCAUCCUACUUGCUGGAGUCAGGUUAAUUUUCUCAGAAUGCUGAUUUCAGCCUGACCGUUCUCAUUUAUGGUCUUUCAUCCUCAACUCAUGUCAAGCCCCUACAUGGCUGUUUCUGGCUAUUGUUCCAAGCUCCCCUCCCACUGUUCACACUUCACAUCCUCUGCUGCAGUCUUUCUUGUCCAGUCAGUCCCAUAUGCAGCCCUUGACAUGCCUGUACUCAUACCAUUUCUGCCUUCCUAGAAUUUCCUUCCUCUUCCCCUAAUUCCUUCCCAGAUUCCAAUGUAUCCUUUUCAAUGAGCAACCUCUCAAUGUGGUUAAUUUAAUUUUGUGCUUAGGAAAUUGCCAAUAACUGAAAGUUUGGGGCCACUUGGAAACAGGUGAAAUCAUAAGUACUAAAUACAAGAAUAUCGUGGAUAUAUGGCACACAUGUUUUUAUACUUUCUUGGCACAAAUGGUUCACCAUUAUUUGAGACAAAUAGUCUUACUUUGGGAGGCCAAGGCUACUAUUUGAGACAAAUUUUCACAAAUAGUUCAUUACUCCAAAGGAAGACUGUGACAAGAGGUAGCAUGUGAUAGUGUGUGUAUUUUUAUAGUUGUAAGGAUAUAUUCUGUAUCUCCAACUACAUUAUGAGUUCCUUAGGGAUAGGAUACGUCUUUUGAAGUUCUCAAGCUCCUAGAACUGGUACCUUGCAAACAAAAUUUUAUAUCUUUUAAUUUGCAGAAAAUAUAUAGUGGACUAAGAAGAUCACAGUGUCAGCAUAAAGUCUCACCUGAAAUAGAUUGGAGAGGAGACAAAUUUCAUUUUCACAAUAAAUGUUGGCUCAGUCUCUCCUUCCUUUUUCCUUUAUAUUCUAGGUUAGUUCUAACUUCCUACACUGGUACCUUCAACUGUCUGUUUAAUCACAAAUCUCCUCCUCCAAUUGGUGUGUGUUAGGUCUGUGUUUUCUUGUAUGUUUAUGCCAAUAGUGCUUACCAAAAUAAGUAGACAGUAAUUGAUCAUGAGAGAACUGUUAAAUCAAGGUCUUCACUAUCACAGGCCACCGCACUGUGACUAAAAAUGACAAAGUGCUAUGCUUACUGACUUGGAAGGAUGUCUGAGACAUAUGUUUGGCAGAAAAAGAGUAGGUUAGGAAAGAGCAUGAAGAAUUUAAUUCUAUAUACACCAUGGAAUACUAUGCAGCCAUAAAAAAACCAUGAGUUCAUGUCCUUUGUAGGGACAUGGAUGAAUCUGGAAACCAUCAUUCUCAGCAAACUGACACAAGAACAGAAAAUCAAACAUCGCAUGUUCUCACUCAUAGGCAGGUGUUGAACGAUGAGAACACAUGGACACAGGGAGGGGAGCAUCACACACUGGGGUCUGUUGGGGGGGAAUAGGGGAGGGACAGCGGGGGCAGGGAGACUGGGGAGGGAUAACAUGGGGAGAAAUGCCAGAUAUAGGUGACAGGGGGAUGGAGGCAGCAAACCACAUUGCCAUGUAUGUACCUAUGCAACAAUCCUGCAUGUUCUGCACAUGUACCCCAGAACCUAAAGUGCAAUAAAAUACAUAUAUAUAUAUACAAAGAACUUAUAAUGCAAUGUUUAAAUGAAAAUGGAUAAUAAAUUCAAAACGCAAAUGGGUAUAUGCCAAAUUCUGUAGUAGCUCUAUCCCAAAGGGAUAACAUGUUCAAUAUAAUAUAAACAAAUCAUCCUCUGAAAAAAAGUUUAAUUCUAUUUAUAUAAAACUUUAUAAUUUAAUAUAUAGUUUAUAGUUUUAUAGUUUAAUUCCAUUUAUAUAAAAUAUUAUAUAUAUAACCAAAAUGCUGACAGUAGUUAUUUAUAGGCAAUGGUAUUUCUUUAUAUUUUUCAAUGUUGUUUGAAGGUUUCUUUUUAUAGUGAGCAUAACUUUUAUAAUAAAGACAUAGAAAACUAUAUUCAUGUUGGAAAACAUGACAUAAGGAUUGCCUUUCUUUUCAUUUGGUGGGACUAUUGCCAGAGCCUACUGAAUUUCAUUUUUGUUUUCUUUUC